AUGGCCGACGAAGCCUCUGCCAAGGGCAAGAAGUCCCUCAUCCUCAACGCCUUUGUGAUGAUGUGUAGCGGCCAUCAAUCUCCAGGGUUGUGGCGCCAUCCAGAUGACAAGUCGUGGAAGUUCGACGAAACAGCACACUGGGUUGAGCUGGCCAAGCUGCUCGAGUCGGCCAAGUUUCAUGGCAUCUUCAUUGCGGAUGUACUAGGCGGCUAUGAUGUGUACCAAAAGUCUUUGGAGCCGGCCAUCGUCUCUGGCGCGCAGUGGCCGGUGACGGAGCCACUUGCAGUUGUUCCCGCCAUGGCUGCUGCGACAAAAAGUAUUGGCUUUGGCGUGACCAUUUCCACCACGUACGAGCAGCCAUACCACCUGGCUAGAAGAAUUUCUACUAUUGAUCACUUGACAAAGGGCCGUUUGGGCUGGAACAUUGUUACAAGCUACUUGGACUCGGCUGCUAAGAACCUGGGACGUGACGAGCAACUAGAUCAUGAUGAGCGCUACGCCCAAGCCGAGGAAUACAUGAAAGUCAUGUACAAAUUGUUCCAGGCUUCCUGGCGCGAUGAUGCCGUGACGCUUGAUCGCGAGCGUGGCGUCUAUACCAACCCAGAUCUCGUCCGCCAGAUCAACCACAAAGGAAAGUACUAUGGCGUUCCUGGUCCGCACAUUGUCCAUCCCAGCCCGCAGCGAACGCCGCUGCUCUUGCAAGCCGGUGCAUCAAAAUCGGGUAAGCUAUUUGCUGCCCAGCACGCAGAAGCAAUCUUUACUUCUGCCCAUGCCCCCGAAGCGUGCAAGAAGAACAUCGCAGAGAUACGGCAAACAGCGCAAGACGUCUUUGGCAGAGACCCGCGAAGCAUCAAGGUUCUCGCUCUGGUCACGCCCAUCUUGGGCAAAACAGAAGACGAAGCGCGUGCCAAGUAUGACGACUACAAGAAAUAUGCAUCUCUGGACGGUGCGCUCUCGCUUUUUGGAGGCUGGACGGGAAUCGAUCUCAGUGCGUACGGCGACGACGAAGAGUUGCGUGAAGUUGAGAGCAACGCAGUGAGGUCAACCGUCCAGGCUUAUGCGCGAUUCUCGCCCGCAAACUCAAAAUGGACAAAGAAAACGGUGGCUGAGCAUGUCAGCCUUGGUGGCAACGGGCCGCUCUUUGUGGGAACUCCUGCGCAAGUGGCAGACAGCCUCGAAACUUGGGUACACGAGGCUGAUGUUGACGGAUUCAACUUGGCAUAUGCAUUGUUUCCACAAACGUUUCAGGACAUCAUCGACCUACUUCUUCCUGAGCUGAGAAAGCGCGGGUUGUUUUGGGAUGAUUACGCAUUCCCGGCUGCAACGUACCGUGAAAACUUUUACAAUGAAGCCGGCCAGAAGCAUCCCAAGCCAGAGCAUGUGGCGUCGAAAUAUCAUUGGAAGGCGGGGCAGACUGCGGCGGAGAGCACAUUUCCUGAAUAA